CCGCUCACCAGCUCCGGUGCUGUGCCCUACUUUGAAUUCCUGUCCAGGUUCGGUGGGAUUGACCCGCAGAUACAUGCUGUAAAGAGCUUCUGCUCCUGGCCCACGGGAGAGACCGGCUGCUGAAAUGAGCGCGCCGUGGGCUGUGGAGAGCCUUCUGGCCGGAAGCGUACAGAACGAACUAGAGGAUUUGCCAAAUGACUACCCCUGGGGCCCCAGUGACGAUGAGGGGCACAGUGAUGGAGAGCGACAGCAUCAACAACUUCUGGAAGCCAUCACUUCCCUCGAUGGAAAGAAGAGGUGGAAACUUGCCGAGAGAUCUGAGGCUAGUCUGAAGGUGUCCGAGUUCACUGUCAGUGCUGAAGGGCUGGGAGAAAGGCUUGUCCUCUCUGAUCUGCUUGAGCCCUUCAAAACUUCACCCUCGUUGGCCACUGUGAAAAAGCAGCUGGACAGAGUCAGAUCAAAGAAGACCGUGGAGUUACCUUUCACCCAAGAAGAGGUUGCACGGACCCACAGGGAAGCGGCAUUCCACCAAACCUCCCAGGCCCUCUCCAGGUGGGACCCCGUCGUACUGAAGGACCGCCGGGCGGAGCUGCUGGUGCUCCCCAGGAAGAGGGAGCAUCCAGCCUUCGCUCCCACUGAAUGCGUGCUCAGUGGCUGGGAGGCAGGCACUCCCCUAGAGCGGGAAGUUUCCAGCCUUCUCUGUAAGAACAGGCAGCCAGUGAGAGACCCUUUGCUGAAGAAAGCCUCUCUCAAAGCCAUGAGUCUGGAAGAGGCGAAGAUGCGCCGAGCAGAGCUUCCGAGGGCCCGGGCCCUGCAGUCCUACUACGAGGCCAGGGCUCUCAGAGAGAAGAAAAUCAAAAGCAAAAAGCAUUGCAGAGUUCUGAAGGAAGGAAAGGCCAAGAAAGUUCUCAAGGAGUUUGAGAAGCUGCAGAAGGUCAGUCCUUCCACUGCACUGAGAGACCUGGAGGAACUGGACAAGGCCAGGGUGAUGGAGCGGAUGAGCCUGAGGCACCAGAGCAGUGGAAAGUGGGCAAGGUCAAAGGCAGUUAUGGCCAAGUACGACACGGGGGCCCGCCGGGCAGUGCAGGAACAGCUGGCCAGGAACACAGAGCUGACACAGAAACUCUGGGCAGCCUCCGAAAGUGAGGAAGAGGAGGGAGGCCCAGAGGAAGAGGGCAGCCUCCUUGUCCCAGGAGUGGUGGAGGAGGCACAGCUGACGGCAGAGGGACCGAACCCCUGGAUGGUCAGACAGCGCUCCGGGGCCACAGAAGAGGCCAAAUGCCAGAAGGAGCCAAAACAGCAUCCAGAGCCUGUGGCCAGUGAGUCUCUGGAAAAUGAAGGGGAAGGAAGACCAGUGACAGAGGAAGAAGUUUUGAAAGAAUUUGAGGAAAGGCGAUUGCUCAGGAAAGGGCCUGGGCUCAGCCAGGAUGCUAAGCCAGUGGGCAGACAACAAACAAAAGAUUCCAACAGCCAAGAGGUGUUGUCUGAAUCGAGGGCACUGUCUGCAAAGUUCAACAAGGACAAGCAUCUGUGCAGGAAGCAAACAGUGAGCUCGGCGAGGGUAGUUUUGCCAGUCCGGAGAGAGGGGCCUACCGGGGAAGAAGAGAAGCCCCUGUGGCUGCCACGGCCAGGGAGCGCAGAGGGUCUGGAAGAGCCAGAGGAGCGGGACAGAGAAGGGCCCUUCCUUAAUAAGGAGCCUCCUGGGCCUGUGCUGGAGAGGUGGCAGCUGGGGAGGAAGCAGGAUGGGCAGCCUGGUGCUCCCGAGAAGGAAAGGAAGUGCGUGAUUGACCUCCAGGGCAUCCUCACCAGCACGUCCCCUUCCACAGAGUCCUCGGCUGUCCCCACAACCGUAGAGGAGCUGGCAGGCGAGUGGGACAGAGAUCUCCAGCACGUGAUAAAGGAAGCUUUUGCUGGAGAUGAUGUUGUCAGAGACUUCCUGAAGGAGAAGAGGGAAGCCGUGGAGGCAAGUAAGCCAGCGGACUUGGACUUGACCCUGCCUGCCUGGGGUGAGUGGGCUGGUGUGGGCCUGAAGCCCAGUGCCAAGAGGAGACACCGGUUUCUCAUUAAAGCCCCCGAAGGUCCUCCAAGAAGAGAUGAGAACCUGCCAAAUGUGAUUAUCAGUGAGAAGCGAAACAUCCAUGCAGCGGCUCACCAGGUUCGGGGGCUUCCGUAUCCAUUUACCCACCAUCAGCAGUUUGAGAGGACCAUCCAGACCCCAAUUGGGUCUACGUGGAACACACAGAGGGCCUUCCAAAAGCUGACUGCGCCCAAGGUCGUCACCAAGCCAGGCCAUGUCAUUCAGCCGAUAAAAGCAGAGGACGUGGGCCUCCGGUCUUCCUCGAGGUCAGACCUCUCUGUCAUAGGGAGGAAUCUGAGACGACUCGCCACACGUCACCAAAAACAGCUGAAGAAAAACUCUGAAGGUUGAGGAGCGACACCCCGGCGCCCAGAGCCAGGGGCCCUGCCUCUCCCGCGGUGGCUCGAGUUCCCUCCGACUACGGGGUCUGUCCAGAACUGCCUAUUGCACUGUGGGCGCCGUGGAGCUGCAUUUUACAAUCAGAGGCAUUUACAUCUAUUAAAAAACUCUUUAGAAAAGAUUUCAACACCUAUGUAGGAUAUUUUUCAAAAUAAUAGAAGCAACACUAUGUUAAAAAAUGGAACCAGCAAAUUAAAAUCAGAUUAACAUAUUGUAUGUAAUGUGUGUCAGAUUUGGAAGUAAUAUUAAUUUUGCAGUAAAAAACCUUUAAGAUGCCAGAUUUAAAAUUUGUUCAUUUUUAUAUAAUUUAAGUGUCUGUCAAUGGAAGGUGAUUAUAUUUUGGUAGCUAGAAGUUAAAUGUUUUAAAAACGUCUUUGAAUGAGCUUCUUUGUAUUUCAUAGCUUUAGCAUAAGCAUGGGGUUCAUUUGCUUUGUUUGCAAAGGGGGAGUGUUAAAGUUUGAACUUCAGUUCUGUUUCAUCCAUAAAGCUUUUUCAUUCUAGUGUGUGAUUUAGGAAAUCCUGUUUUAGUAAAAAAAAAAAAAUCACUCAGAUUGUCUAUUCUAAAUGACUAAGCCUUGUUUUCUCAGGAAUUGUGUGCAUUUGGUCCUGAAACAGCAAAUGUUGGUAGUGA